CUCUGUCCACGGGGUUGGUGCUGGUCCCAGUAAGGGUUAGGGCUGGUCCCGGUAAGGGGGAGUGCUGGUCCCAGUAAAGGUUAGUGCCGGUCCCAGCCCGGGUUGGUGCUGGUCCCAGCCCGGGUUAGUGCUGGUCCCAGUAAGGGUUGGUGCUGGUCCCAGUAAGGGUUGGUGCUGGUCCCAGUAAGGGUUGGUGCUGGUCCCAGUAAGGGUUGGUGCUGGUCCCAGUAAGGGUUGGUGCCGGUCCCAGCCCGGCAUGGAGCGAGAGCCCGGCCUGGGCACAGUCCGCCCCCGCCCGUGAUGUGGGCACAGCACGGGGCUGCUGCGUUCCGGCUCCUGUCUCUCCCCGGAGGGUCUCGGAACAGCCACCCUUAGGCUGUCAUGGAAUUAAAGAAAACUACCUCCGGGGCGUGCAAUGCUGCUCUCCUGCUGCCACUUUUCCUCUUGUUUUGGGGAACUUCAUACUCAGAAAAUGACAGUGGCUGUUCCUCAUCCCCCUGUGAGAACGGUGGGAGCUGUCAGGAUCUGGAAGAGGGUUACCAGUGCACCUGCCCCGUGGAGCCUGUAGCCUACGUGGGCAGAAAUUGUGAACUCCUGUAUGAUGCUUGCACCAAACAUGACUGUCCUGCCCACAUGAGCUGCACCCCGACUCCAGGGCUCCUGGAGUACACGUGUGUGUGUGAGCCCGGGCCCACAGGUACCGCCUGUGACCACACCGACCAGUGUGAGAGCAGCCCUUGCACUGACCCCCGGUGGGAAUGCGUGGACAGAGACGACGGGUACAGCUGUCGAUGCCAACCGGGACCGAGCGGGGCCGGCUGCCACCCCGAGAGCGCCCGGUGCUCCAGCCAGCCCUGCCUCAACAACGGCACGUGUGUCGAGGGCACGGGGGGCUUCUCCUGCCUCUGCCCGCCCGGCUUCACCGGGGCCACCUGCGAGCACGACGUGGACGAGUGCGCCUCGGGGCCGUGCCGCAACGGCGCGAUCUGCAGGGACGGCCCGGGCGAGUACAGCUGCUUCUGCGUGCCCGGCUACCAGGGCUACCGCUGCGAGAUCGACAUCGACGAGUGCGCGUCCCGGCCCUGCCGCCACAACGCCACCUGCCUCAACCACAUGGACCACUACGAGUGCCGCUGCCCGCCCGGCUACACCGGGGUGAACUGUGAGGCUGAAAUAGAUGAAUGUGCUUCGGAGCCCUGCCAGAACGGGGCCCUGUGCAGUGACCACAUUGGGUUCUACACCUGCACCUGUGCUCCAGGGUACCAGGGAAUGCACUGUGAGGUGGAUGUGGAUGAGUGUGAGAGCCAGCCCUGCCAGCACAACGGCACCUGCCAGGACCUUGUGAACAGGUACCACUGUGACUGCAGUGACACAGGCUUCGAGGGGGACCACUGUGAGCUGGACAUCCUGGAGUGUGCCUCCAACCCCUGCCUCAACAGUGCCACGUGCCUGGAGGGCAUCAACCACUACAGCUGUGCCUGCUGGCCAGGUUACACGGGGCAGGACUGUGAGGAGGAUGUGGAUGAGUGUGAGACAGAGCCCUGUCACAACGGGGGCGAGUGCCUGGAGCGCUCCAACCCAGCCCACUACGGGACACAGCCCGACUUCCCCAGCACCUUCAGCCCCAGCCAGGCCGCGGGGUUCCUGUGCCGCUGCCAGCCGGGCUUCACAGGGGAGACCUGCUUUACCAACAUUGAUGAGUGUGAAUCCCAGCCCUGCCAGAAUGGAGGGCUCUGCCAGGACCUUGUGAACAGCUUCCUCUGUCACUGCCUGCCUGGUUAUUCAGGUGUGGAAUGUGCUGUGAACAUCAAUGAGUGUGAGGAGGGGCCCUGCAAGAACGGAGCUGUCUGUGAGGAUGGCAUUGCUGACUAUUUCUGCCACUGUGCCCCUGGCCAGGAUGGCACUGUCUGGGGAGGGAAGAACUGCUCUGUGAAGCUCACUGGGUGCCAGACCCACGACUGCCAAAACGAGGCCUUGUGCAUCCCCACCUACCAAGCCGAGAGCCACGGCCACCUGUGCCAGUGCCAGCCUGGCUUCUCUGAUGCCACGUGCUCGACACCAACGACGUUUUCCUUUGCUUCCAGAGGGUAUCUCCUCGUUGAGCUGCCCGGGGGCAAUGAGAGUGGGAGGGCGGCAGGAGGAGAGCGGCUGCCCAGCGUGUCCCUGCGCUUCCGCACCACCCUGCCCAGCGCUGUGCUCUUUUACCGGGGCCACGGAGCAGAGUUCCUGUUCCUGGAGCUCUGGGAGGGUGUUCUGCACGCAGAGCUGAAGAGGGAGGAUGUGGGGUACCCGCUGCUCCUGCAGGGGCCCAGAGUGGAUGAUGGCCAGUGGCACAGGGUGGAGGUUGUGGUGCACAGCGCCGUGGAGCUGAGGCUCUGGCAUGACUCUUGUGAGGCAGGGGUGUGCCUGCAGAGCGCCCCUGUCCCACCUGGCACUGCCCGGAGCCCACGGGCCUUCUCCAGCCUCUAUGUUGGAGGUGCUGAGGAUUCAGUGGCCAACAACACACGGAGCCAGCAGGGCUUUGUGGGCUGCCUGGAAGACCUGCAGGUGGAUGCAGAAGCCGUGCUGCCGGCGGAUCUGCCGCUGGGAGAGUCGUCCGUGGUGCGGCCGGGCUGUGACCGCACAGAGUGGUGCCUCUCCCGGCCCUGCCUGCACGGGGGGCUCUGCGUGGACCUCUGGGCGACCUUCAGGUGUGACUGUGCCAGGCCUUACGGAGGCCCAGCUUGCUCACAUGAGCGCCCAGCAGCCACCUUUGGCCUCGAGAACUCCACCAGCUUUGCCUCUUUCACCCUUUCUGACAGCCUUGGUGCAGACUUCAACAUCUCCUUCUUCCUGCGGAGUCGGAAGCCCCACGGUUUGCUCCUGCAGAUCAGGAACCAAACAGGCCCCAGCCUCACCAUCUACCUGAGGGACGGCCAGCUGAGGGUGGAGGUGCCACCCGCGGACACUGUCACCUUUCCAGAGGAUGUGGUUGAUGGCAGGAGACAUUUGGUAGCUCUGUCUUUCCAAGGAGGCACUGUUGGUGCUCAGCAGUGGGACACACACGUGGAGCUGGGACAGCUCGUGGCACAGCCUCUGCCAGCUGGUUCUGAAGUGUUUAUUGGGGGCCACCCGGACCCAGACAGUGCUGAGCUGUGGGGGGGCUACUUCAAGGGCUGUUUGCAGGACAUCCAACUCAACAACCACCAGAUACAGUUUUUCCAGGCUGAGAACUACAGUGUGCUACAGGAACUCAAUGGGACCCAGACUGCAAACCUUGUGAAUGGCUGCAUCUCCGAUGACACCUGCAAGUCUGAGCCAUGUCAGAAUGGUGGCAGAUGCAUUGUCACUUGGAAUGAUUUCCAUUGCAGCUGUCCAGCAAAUUUCACUGGGAAAUUUUGUGAAGAGAGAGUCUGGUGUGAAAGUGACCCUUGUCCUGAAGCCACCACCUGCGUAGACGUUGUAGCAGGAUAUGUGUGUCUGGCUAAUGCAACAUUUAAUAGUAACUCUGCCAUUGAAUUUACCACCAACACAUCAGUGACCCUGAGCAGCUUCCACAUGGAUUUCAGGACCAGGGAUGAAGAUGCUGUUUUGCUCUGGGCUGUGGAAGAGGUGGAUUCCCUGCAGGUGGCCAUCAGGAACUCCUCCCUGCUUGUGACCAUCAGGAGUGGGAACAGCAUCGAGGGUGUCACCUUCCAGAGCCCGCAGGCGGUCACGGACGGGGCCUGGCACUCCAUCUCCGUGUCCAUGGAGGAGCCGGCCGCGCCCUCCUCCCGCUGGCUGCUCCGGCUGGAUGGGGCAGGGAACGUGACCCUGCAGGGCAGCGCCGGGAACUUGGACUUCCUCAAGAACAACGUGCUGGUCGUGCUGGCCGAGAACUUCACGGGCUGCCUGGGGCAGGUGCAGAUCGGGGGGCUGUACCUGCCCUUCCCGGCCCCCCGGCCGUACCCCCAGCCCGAGCAGUUCCUGCAGGCCGGGGGUGGCCCCGUCCCGCUGGGCUGUGCCGGGGCCGACGUCUGUGCCUCCAGCCCCUGCCUGCACGGGGGCACCUGCCACGACCUGUUCGACGCCUUCCGCUGCGCCUGCAGUGCGGGCUGGGGGGGGUGGCGCUGCCAGGACAACCUGGACGACUGCCAGCCCAGCCCCUGCGUCCACGGGGACUGCAGGGAUGCCGUGGCAGACUUCCAGUGCGAGUGCUUCCGGGGCUUCAUCGGGAAGAGGUGUGACAUCAACGUGGACGACUGUGUGCGGCACCAGUGCCUGAACGGGGCCACCUGUGUGGACGGGGUGUACGGCUACUCCUGCAAGUGCCCCCCCCAGUUCUCGGGGCCGCGCUGCGAGUGGCCGUUCCCACCCCAGCAGUGUGGCAAGAACUUCACGUGUCUGAACGGCGGCCGGUGCGUCACGGAGAGCUGGGGAGCCAACUGCUCCUGCAGGCCCGGCUUCACCGGGAGGAACUGUCAAAUCAAUAUCAACGAGUGUGAGCCCAACCCGUGCCAGAACGGGGGCACGUGCCAGGACUCGGAGAACAGAUACGAGUGUGUGUGCAGCGCCAGCUACACCGGCGAGCGCUGCGACAUCAACCAGCGAGUGUGGGCUCACCUCAGCCACUCCUCCGUGGUGGGAGCCGUGGGGGCGGCGGGGGCUGCCCUGCUCCUGGUGGUGUUGGCAGCCACGGCCAUCGCCAUGAAGAGGAGGAGAGCGACGCAGGGCACCUACAGCCCCAGCCGGCAGGAGAAGGACGGGGCUCGAGUGGAAAUGUGGAACGUCAUCAAGAUGCCCCCGACAGAGCGGCUCAUCUGAGCCCGGGUCACCACGGCCGAGUCUCCUGUGAGUCCCUGGGAGCUGCUGCAGCCCCUCUGUGUGUGCAGGACAGGCCUGGCUCCAAAGCUGCUCCCCCGCUGCGCCUGCUCCCACCGCAGUGAUUGCUCGAGCUGCUCCUGCAGCUCAUCCCACACACAGCGGGUUAAACUGCUGGGGCAGGAGCAGCAGGGGGAGGAAACGACCCUUUGUGGAGGGGCUGGGGAGGAGAGGGUGGGAGGGGACCCAGACCCAGGGACAGAAGCGGGUGCUGUCACAGCCAGGGCCCCUGGGCUCCCGCGGGCACCGGGGGUCGGAGCCACAGGGGCUGUCACUGCCCUGCAGGCAACAGAAAAAACACCCUACAAGUAAGUGAGGCAGGUCCAGUUAAUGGGGAUUGAACCACUGCAUUCAGAAAUAAUGUGAAUAAUAUGGUUGUUUCAAAAAACAUGUGCCUGUGGCUCCUCUGCAAGGCUAAGCCAGGUGAGUGAGUGGUGGGAAAUCCUUCCCAGAGCUGCUGCCCCUCCCUGUCUGGGCACUCCCUGGCUGUACAUCCCACUGUGCUGGACAGGGCUGCUGGAGCUUUCCUUGAGACCAGACCAAACCACAGGAGUAUCUGAAGUGCCUUUCUGAGCCUGAGUUGCCAGUUACAGUUUAACUUUGUGAAAGGAGGAUAUUUCUGUGUAGAACAACUGAGCAUCAAGUAGUACCUGCUGGGUGAGGAGGGGAGAAGGAAAUAGUUGUAGAUCCUACCUCUGUGGACAGACAGUUUGGGCUUGUCAGUACAGGGGAGUGGUGCUUAGUGAGCCAAACUAGUGCCCUUUGACCCAACCAGGGUUGGUGUUGUAGUGACACAACAUUCACCUUCCACUGCCCCGAGAAGGGCUUUGAUUCUGUGGCUUCUCCUCUGCUUUAGCUGCUGAAUGUGCUUUUCUUCUUCAUAUAAAACACGUGGCAGAGCCUGUGGCAGGAAAUGCAGCAGAGCAGCACAGGUGAGGUCUGAAGUCAGUAGUGUUUCAGGAUAAUCACUGCAACUAUCAAUGAAGAAUAUUUUAGAACACAGUGUCUGCUUUUUAAUCUCAAAAAUACUGUUAGUAAGCAGGGUGGGAACCUGCCCACUGUAGCUCGUUGCCACCAGAAGAAAAGGCUGAUUAUUCUGGUACACUUCUGGGUUUAUUUAUUUUUUUUACUUUGACUGUAAAUGUUUCUAGUUCCAAGCAAAGGGAAGAGCACAGAACUACUGACCAGGUGUGAAUGUUUAAGAACAGGUGUAUCUGCUAAGAACAGGUCUCUGCACUGAGGCAGCUGCUGAGAGAAGAAUGAAAAUGUUUGAAAAUAGAAAAAAAUGAAUGAGUGGGAGAUGAUAUUUUGUCUCUAAGCUCAUGUUCCCUCUAAAACUGAGGAGGAGUUGAAAGAACAAGUGGUGAUCCCACCCGGCUGUGUUUGGGAAGCAGCUGGAUGUGGCAGUGCCAGAGAUGCCCUGACUGCAGCUGGGGGCUGGGGCCUGCUUGGGUUUAUGUACUGGCAGUGAUGCUGCUGUCACUGCCCACGGGACUGGUUUGCUCUGUGCUUCCUGCAGCUCUGCUCAGGGAGCCCCAGCACCCUCUGAGAGCAGAGACAGGGCCCUGUGCCAGCCCCCUGGCAGUGGGAUGUGGGGAGGGGGUGAGGGGGUGUCCCAGCAGUGUCUGUGCACAGGAAAACCAGGAGCAGGGUCUGAAAGAACUCCUGUUCCUCCAGGUGUUUUGGGAACACCAGCCCUGUGUUCUCAGAGCUCACUGAGCUACUGCAAGGACAGGGCACAAAGCCCAGCCCAGGCUCUGUCUGUGCCAGGCAGCAGCUCCUCAGGGCAGCAAAGCAGCUGCUUGGAUUUCAAGCACCCAAAGCCAGUAGUAGCAAAGGUGUUAAAAUCCUCUUGUCAGUGUCUUGAGCAUUUCUGCAAAAUAAUUUAUGGAGGGUUUGGGUUUUUUUCAAUAAUGAACUUUCUUUUGAUAUUUAAUUUUUGAAUAUAUUUUUUCACAAAAUUGGACUUGCUGUAGUUAAUGAUCAUGAUCCUGAUUUCUUUUGUAACUGUAAAUUUUAUAAUUUGUAUAUAAUUAGAAUGUCCUUCAACAGAAAUUUACAAUAAAAUUUGGUUAAAACCAGAGCUGGUUACGCUGA